AUGUGGUUUAAGAAGGAGAACGACGUCGAAAUGUCGGGGAUGCAGGGGCAAACGCAGUAUGAGGGUCCUCCAGAAGAGACAGAAUACCGGCCCGUGAACUGGAAGAAGAUCUUCCUGUCGCCAAAGUACAUACCAUGGCACAUCUUAGGAAUAGCUAUCCUCAUUGUGACCGUACUGCUGUUGCUGCAUCAUGAUGAGGUCGUCUACAAACUUCGCCCCUUUUCAGAAAAGGUCCGUGACCUUCCCGCCGGGUGGCUGAUCCCCGUCGCCAUCCUAGUCGUCAUAUCAUUUCCACCGCUCUUCGGUCACGAGAUCAUUGCGCUGCUAUGUGGUGUCGUCUAUGGACUAUGGAUCGGUUUCGCUGUUGUCGCAGCAGGAACAUUCAUCGGCGAAAUCGGCACUUGGUUCGCAUUCAAGCACCUGUUCCGCCGCAAAGCCCUCAAACUUGAGCGUACAAACCUCAACUACGGCGCCAUGGCGCGCCUCACUCGUGACGGAGGUUUCUUCAUCGUCCUUAUCAUCCGACUCUCCGCGAUCCCAGCGCACUUCUCAACCGCCGUAUUUUCAACCUGCAACGUCAGGUUCUGGCACUUCGUCGUUGCCACUCUACUUUCUCUGCCGAAGCAGAUCUUCCUCGUAUACCUAGGUGUCCUCCUCGUUCAGGACAGCGACGACAAUAUGAUCAAAACCAUCAUGUUCGGCGUGGUGUUCUUGAUCACCAUCGCGAUGGGUGUCUGGAUCUGGAUCAAGAUGACCAAGAUCAAGAAGGUGCUGUUUGACGAGCAGGAGGCACGGCGAGUAAAGAGGGCAGAAAGCCAGGUACGGAUCGUGCCAGAUGUGAAGAGUGCAUUCGAGAGGCGGUAUGAUGAGGGGCCGUCGGAGUUCACGUUGCAGCCGACGCAGCCAACAAGGAUGGUAUGAGCGCUGUGCGCCGUCCGUCCAUCGGACAUUCAAGAAGCUUGAGCUGGUUUAAAGAUUCAGCGUAAUGACACAACG